UUAAUGAUAAAAUUUGAUGAGAUCCAAAAAAGGCCCUUAAUAUGUAGAGGAUGUGCAGGAAGAACGCUUGGAUAUGAUAAACAUUGUUGUCAUGAAAACAAAUUUAUUAAUAUACUCAAAUAACACUAUGUAGAAGGAACAAACAUAGCCUAAUUAAGAGAAAUGUUAGAUUUAACAUAAGGAUGUGAAAAUUUUUGUGAAGAGCAUGGUUACCUUUAUGAAUUUAUCUUAAUAAAGAAAAAUUAGAAUAAUGCUACGUAAAUCUAAUUUGACGAGUAAAUUCUAUGUUGUAAAAAGUGCAUAAAAGAAGAGAAGAAUUUAUAAAAUUAUGAAAUUAAAUUGCUAAAUGAUGAAUAUUUUACAUAUUAAUAGGAGAAUUAAAACAUUUAAGAUUAAUAACAAUAGGCAUAGUAAGAAAAGGAAUUUUUUAUUAAAAAAAAAAGGUUGGAGGAUGCGAUGAAUGAUGCUUUUAAAAAUAUGAAAAUAGCACUUAAAGAGCCAUAAGGAAAUUAAAGAUCAAAACUAGAAAUUAAAAUAGGUGAAGCUGAAGAAAGAAAAGCAGAGAUAAAAACGAAUAAUUCAUAAUAAGUAUAGCCACAAGCCGAUAAUUAGGAUAAAGAAGAUAACGAAAAAGUUGAAAAUCUGAAAUUGCGUAAUUUAAUUUAUAUACUUAUUUUUAGUGAAAAAUGCUAUAGAAUCAAGAAUAAAAGCAAUUAGUAAUUUAGGAGAUGGAUAUCAUGAUUACUUACAUGAUGAAUUUUUAGAAGGAGAAUCAGUGCGUUUAAAACUAAUUGGAGAUGAUUGUCAAACUAAAGGAUAUUCAAUUAAUGAGUGUUACAAAAUGUUUGAUAACAUUUAAUAUAUUUGAGAUUUCCAUUAUAUUAUAAAAAUAUAUUAUGUAUUAAUAUAUAUAUUAGAUACUAUUUAAUGCCAGAGGACUUUUUAAGAUAAAUAUAAUAAUAUGAUAUGUACAUAAAUAAAUUCAUUCUCUUAAAUAUAAUUAUAAAUGAAAUAAAAUGCAAAAAAUAGAUUUUGUGAUUUAGUUCAUGCAAUUAAAUAAAGAAAUCCUGAAAGAUGCCUUAUAAUGAUUUUAGAUUAAAUUUCAGCCAAAAUUUUGAGUUCAAUAAUGAAACUUAAAGAUUUGAUAGACAUGGGAGUAUCAACAAUAGAAAAAUUGGAAUUACAACGUAAAUAAUAUCCCAAACACGAUGCUUUCUAUUUCAUAACACCUUCAGAUGAUUCAGUCAAUAGACUUAUUGGAGAUUUUAAAGACUAAUAAAUGUAUAGAAAAAUUAAUGUGAUAUUUUCUUACAAUUUACCUUAAAGAUUAUUAGAAUAGAUAUGCAAAUCAAAUCUAGCUAAUCGUAUAAUAUAAAUUAAAGAGUUCAACCAUCAUCUUUAUUUUCUUGAUGAUAAUACUUUCCAUUUUUAAAUUCCACAAAUUUACUUUGAUGAUUUAAUGCAAAUAGCUUAAUUGUUUUUAUCUUCUUUGCCUUCAAUGAGACCUUUUUAAUGUGUAAAAUUAUCAACAAUAAAAACAAAUCAAUUUGCAUAAUUGUUUACUAAUUAUCUUCCAAGAUUAUUAGAUAAUUGGGAAAGAACAAAUUAAAUGAUAAAAGAUGAUGGUGGAGAAUUACAUUUCUUAAUAUUGGAUCGUAAUUUUGAUCUUCUUACACCAUUGUUACAUGAUUUUCAUUAUGAAUCAUUAGUUGUUGAUUUAUUACCUUAGACUUUCUCUCCUUUUGAGUGUGAAGAUAAUGUAUAUUAAAAAUAUAGAUAUAAACAUAUUGCUUAUGCUUUAGAAGGAAUACCCUAAGAAUUUCAAAAAAUGGUUAAUACUAAUCCAUCAGCUCUAAUCCACAAAGGAGACUUUAAAGAAUUAGAUACUCAAAAGAUGUAGGAAAUCAUUAGUUCGAUGCCCAAUUAUAAUAGUUAAUUAAAAGACUUUACUUUUCAUAUGAAUUAAAUUGAUUAAAUUUGGAAAUAAUUCGAAACUAAAGGUUUAAAAGAUUUAGGAGAAUUAGAAUAAGCUCUAGCAACAGGGACUACUAAAUAAGGAAAUCAAACAAAAUCAGAUUAACUAUAUUAGGAAGUCUUAUUUAUGUUAUAAUCAAAAAUCAUUUAAGAUAAUGAUAAAAUUAGAUUAGUUUUAAUAAUUUUACUUACUGUAUCAAUGCCUGAAUAUGAACGUAAAUAGAUACUUGAUAAAAUAACAGAUUUAAAACCAUUUUAUGGUUUAUAGAAGUUAGGAUUUGAUUUUGAUAAAAUGAAAUCAAACAGAAUAACAAAAAAUAUUAAUAAAGAAUCAAGAUUGUUAGCUAAAUAAAAAUUAAGUCAAAUGACUUUAGAAUUAUAAAGACAUACACCUGAAAUUGAAAAAUUAUUGAAUGAUCUUUUGAAUGAUGAUAAUAAAUUUAAUACAGUUACUUUAUAUGGAUAAAAUUCAAGUUAAAAAUAAACAAAUGCUUAAUAAAGUUUGAGAUCAAAGAAAGAAGAAAAAGUAGAAUAAAUCAGUGUAUGCAUAUUUAUUUUAGGUGGAAUCAGUCACUCUGAAGUUUGUUCAAUAAGAAAUUAUUAUUCAAAUAAGUUAAAAUAAGUAUAUAUUGGAUCUACUUAAAUAAUAAGUCCAUUAUAGUAUUUAGAUCAAUUAAGAAAUUUGAGUUAAUUAUGA